AUGUUCGAAUGGUUGAAGGAAGAAAAAGUCAAAGUUGAAGAAGAGUUAAAAAUGAAGAGCGGUCUAUUCAUUCAAUUGGAAGAAAAUUAUGAAAUGCUUAGAAAUAGGCUUCAUGUGAAGGAAAACGAGAAACAUGCUUUUUGUGGUGAGAUAUCGAUACUGGAAAGAAAGUUAGAUUCUGAGAUUACACUCUCAAAAGUUGUUAAAAACCGUCUGGAGUUUUGUAAACAAGCUCUUGCUCAUGAAGAGAACCAAAGAAGGUGCUUACAGAGUCAGCUUUUAGAAUCAGAAUCAUGCAAUGAAGAUAUAAAGUCAAAACUUGAAAGAUUGACAAUUGAGAAAGAUGUUUGUAAGGAGAUGGAAUGCAAGAUUCUCCAAAUCGAGGAAGAAAAUAAAGAAUUGGUUCUUGCUGUCAAGAAACUUAAAGAAUCCCAAAUCCAAGAAGCUGUUAAUUCUUCUUUAAUCAUAGAGCUUCUUCAAAACAAGUUUAAUACUUUGGAUGAGAUUAACAAGGAUACAGCAAACGAAGAACUCGUUAAGAGUUCUUGUAGAGGAAAUGAGGUUGAAUUUGAGUUGCAAAGAUGGAAAUCGAUUGCUGAAAAGUUACAAGUCGAGAAAGAAUGGGUUACAAAUGAAAAAGAUCAAAUGAUUAACAAGCUGUUAACAGAAAAAGAAAAGUUGAUGAAUAUGAUCGAUGACAUGUUCCAAUGGAUAGACAAGUUAGCGAGAGAAGAGAGGCGGAUGAUGGGAGCUUUGAGGAGUUCAGCGCCGGAUUUUGAUGAGAACUAG